CUGGCGAGUCAUGGCUUCGGCGGGCAGCAGCCUCGGCGGGGGGGAGGCCGAGCGACCGCACCCCAGGCCCUUCCUGAUCGGGGUGAGCGGCGGCACCGCCAGCGGCAAGUCCACAGUAUGUGAGAAAAUCAUGGAGCUCCUGGGACAAAAUGAGGUGGAUCAUCACCAACGAAAGCUCAUCAUUCUGAGCCAGGAUAGGUUCUACAAGGUCCUCACUGCGGACCAGAAAGCCAAGGCAUUGAAGGGACAGUACAACUUUGAUCACCCAGGUGCUUUUGAUAACGAUUUGAUGCACACAACCCUGAAAAAUAUUGUGGAGGGAAAAACUGUAGAGGUGCCGACCUAUGAUUUUGUAACCCAUUCCAGGUUGGCAGAGACAACAGUGGUCUAUCCUGCAGACGUGGUUCUUUUUGAGGGGAUCCUGGUAUUCUAUAACCAAGACAUUCGGGACAUGUUCCAUCUCCGACUCUUCGUUGACACAGACUCUGAUGUUCGGCUGUCCCGCAGAGUUCUUCGAGAUAUGAAGCGCGGGAGGGACCUAGAGCAGAUCCUGACUCAGUACACAACCUUCGUCAAACCUGCCUUUGAGGAGUUCUGCUUGCCGACAAAGAAGUAUGCUGAUGUGAUUAUUCCUCGUGGAGUCGACAAUAUGGUUGCUAUAAACCUCAUUGUGCAGCAUAUCCAGGACAUUUUGAAUGGCGACAUCUGCAAGUGGCAGAGAGGGGCGAUGAAUGGGCAUGGUCGGACAUACAAGCGAUCGUUCCCUGAGCAAGCAGAGGGCAGCACCGUGCUGGCAGCUGGCAAACGAUCUCAUCUGGAGUCCAGCAGCCGUCCCCACUAACCAGGUGGGGGGCUGAAGAAGUUGCUUCUGUUCCAGACCAACUUUUUUAACAAACUGGUUUGUGACAUGCCCAUAGCAACUUAGGGGCAGAUUCAAGAGGGUUGUGUGUGUGUCUUCUCACGGAAGGAGCUGGAUUAUUGAUCCAGGACCUGGUGUUAGAUGGCAUUGUGUGCUGAAAUCCCCCUAGGAAUUAAACCCAGUGGGAUACAAGAUUAAUAAUCUCCCCUCAUGGUGCUUUUCCUUAGCAGCAAGGUUGGCUGCCAGGAAAACAGCUCUUUGCUCCAAGUGAGACGCAGCGAAGAGCCUUGUUUUUAAACAAGCAGGUACAGGUCCCCAGCUGCCCCCUGAGAUCUGGCACUGCCAUGGACAGUUCACCCUUCUCUGUGGGGAAAAGGACUGACCUCUGCAGUUGUGCCAAUAAUGAGAAGUCUAUUUUACUCAGGGCUGAGGAAAAUUAGGCUUCUCUUGGGCAACUGGCAACUUACAGUCAGACAAAGGAGCGGUGGGGCUCCGCCUUCUAGUUGAGGUGUUUUGUCACUAGUUGCUGAGCCUAACUACACGCUAUGUAGCAGAGGCUUCAGUUUUUGUGCCCCAUGUCAGGAAGGCUGACCUUGGAGAACACUUCAGUACUAAUUGGGUGCAGAGUCUGCUGGGCCGAAUUCAUUUGCAGACAUGGUUUAUAGUUCUCAUUUCUUCCCCAAAGCAGUGUUAAAGCUCAGGCAUUCAGCUCAGAGGGCUCUGGCACAUCCUAAAAUGAGCAGAAGAAAAGCCACAAACUUAAUGUGAAAUCCCAGGCUCUAGCUUAGUGCUCCCUCUCUCAGUCCACUAGUGACAUUUUAAAACAAACACCAAUUGGUACCUCCUGUCUCUCAGGUAUAGUCUGUAAAUGCAGGCUUAAGCCUAGCAGGAAGAAUUGGUUAUUGUUGAAGAUAAUCUCUUAUAAAAGCAAAGCCUGGCUCGAGUGGUUGUGCUGCUUUGACUAAUAAACCAAUGAAGAAACAACAGCCA